AUGGCGGACGCCGGCGUGGACAUCGCAGCCCUCACCGAAGACCAACAACUCGCGCUCCAAACAUACACGGCCGUCACUGACCAGGAAAUCGACAAAGCGAUACCCCUGCUGCAAAGAUGCCAAUGGAACGCUCAAAUAGCAAUCACACGCUUCUUCGACGGCGAACCCGCUGAAGACCCCGUCGCUGCUGCCACGGCCGCACAGCCCGCACCGCAAGACAUCCGCCGGCAAGAAACACUGCUCAACGGCUUCACAUCCUCCCCGCGAUCGUCGACCAGCAGCGCGAGGCGAGUACGAAUAGAACCCGCACCGAGGGUAGUGCCGCAACCAGAGAGCCAAGUCAGCACGCAAGUACCACUCGUGCUUGCAGUGCUGUUUGCGCCGCUGUCGCUGGUAUAUUCGCUGGUGGGGAAGUGGUUCAGGUUUAUGGGAUGGCUGUUCCCAUUCCUACCUAGGGCAUGGGGCCGCGUGACCGCAAGCAAUAUCAAUACACCUGCGUCAAGGCGAAGUGCGAGUGGACGGCGACCGCUGAACCCACGGGAUACGGCGGCGCGGUUUAUCCGCGAGUUUGAGGAGGAGUACGGGAGUCACCAGCUGCCGUUCUUCGAGAGCGGAUACGCGCAGGCUUUUGAUCUGGCGAAGAAGAACCUGCAAUUUCUGAUGGUGGUUUUGAUUUCGCCGGAACACGAUGAGACGGCGAGUUUCGUACGGGAUACUCUACUCUCUUCUGAGGUCGUCGAGUUCAUACGCGACCCUGCGAAUAGCAUCAUCAUCUGGGCUGGUAAUGUCCAAGACUCCGAAGCCUACCAAGUCGCCUCUGCGCUGAGCUGCACCAAGUUCCCCUUCACCGGCCUUAUCGUACACACGCCCCAAGUCUCUAGUACAGCUAUGGGCAUAGCGACGCGCAUAGCUGGGCCCACGCCGCCGUCGCAGUUCAUCUCUAAGCUGAGGACUGCUAUGCAACAACAUACCCAGCCAUUAGAAAGAGCCAGGAACCAAAGAGCAGAACAGCAGGCGACGAGGAACAUACGGCAGCAGCAAGAUAGUGCAUAUGAGAGGAGUCUGGCGACGGACAGAGAGAGGGCAAGGAAGAAGAAAGAAGAAGCGGAGCGCAAAGCGAGAGAAGAAAAGGAAGCUCUGGAGCACGAACGGGCUAUUGAGCUAUAUGCACAGAAUCUCGAUCAGUGGCGGAGAUGGCGCGCGUCUCUAAUAGCGAGCGAACCCGGCCCAGAUGAAAAGGAUAUCGUGCGGAUAAGUCUGCGCAUGCCCAACGCUGAUCGCGUCGUACGCAAAUUCGCUGCCGAUGCGCCUAUCGAGGAACUAUAUGCAUUCGUUGAGUGCUACGAUAUCCUCCAGUCCCCACAGGGGUCUUCAGAAAAGUCCGACAAGCCACAAGGGUUCGAGCACGAGUACAAGUUUCAACUCGUCUCGCCCAUUCCACGCGAGGUUAUCGAAUUCAAAGCAGGCGGCACGAUCAAAGCGCGCAUCGGAAGGAGCGGCAACCUCAUUGUCGAGCGAACGGAUCUCGAAGGCGACGAGGACGAGGAUGACGAUGAGGAUGACGAGUAA